AUUUCCCUCCUCUUACAUUUUUUCUAGUUGUUUACUUAUCAAGCGUUGGAAAUAAUUGAUCGAUUCGCCAAAUCGUGAUAAUAUCCUUCGUUCUCGCGAAACUAUUCGAUUUUUCAAGGUUUUACAACCUUCUGGAGUCUUGUUGAUAAGCAACUAUCGGACAUUUAUCCGUUCUUUUACUAUUUAGUUCCCUAAAGCAAUUUUUUUUAUUACAUUUUUUGGUCGUUCUUUUAAAUUAAAUCAUAAUUUUGGUUUUUUGCAUCUCGAUCCUUAUCCUUCGACCCAAAAGUGACCUACAUUUUAGACCAGUACGGUGAACCUACUACGGAAUCGUUUCCUGAAUCAAACGACAAUAUGUCUUCAAAGUCAAGGCAAAAGCAACCCACAUUCAAAGCAGUUGCGGCUAACGAUGAUCUCAAAUACAAGAGGAAAUAUAAAGAACUUAAGAAAAAGAUCCGAGAAAUGGAGGAGGAAAAUGAAAAACUGUCACUCAAACUAACCAGAGCAAAGAAAAAUAUACAGCGGUUAAAAAUAGAGAGAAGCUUCUUAUUUGAUCGGUUAGAACAAUCACAACCCACUAAUGAGUCUGAAUCCGACACAACAUCAUCGCCUCCAAGAGCGAUAGAUUCGGAGGAGGAUUUAUCUUCGUCUGCGGAAGAAUUGUUAGAAGAUCAUCGUACCGGAAAACGAAAAAAGCAAAAUAGGGAUCCAAACGCGCCAAAACGUCCAAGAAACGCCUUCCUAAUGUAUUGUAAAUCUCAACGCGAUCAAGCAAGAGAAGAAAAUCAAAAUAAAGGAUUUCAAGACGUUACCAGAAUUUUGAGUCAAAAAUGGAAAGAUUUACCGAAUGAGGAAAAACAGAAAUAUUAUGACAUGUAUAACAAAGAAAAACAACGUUAUGAAAUAGAAAUGUCUUCUUAUGUUGGUACAUCUUCACAAUUCGGAUAUAUUCAGCAAGAUGAAGGUAUACAAAAUGAAGUUACCACUUACUUUGUUGAAGGUAACAACGUGUCUAAUCAUCAUCAUCAUGAUGAUGGUGAAUCGUAUAGAAAUGAUAUUAGCGGUGAAGUUAAAUCCUCGCUGACAACAGUUGAAACUUCGCGGGUAGCAACAACAUCAACUUUGGGAUCACCGUAUAAUAAUAAUCAUUCUUAUGAACAAUAUAUUAAUGAGAAUGAGAGAGGUAUUGGAUCAGAAUUUGAAGAGGAAGAAUUUGUUGAAACAAAAGAUGAUGUUAAAUUAGAUAUCGGAGGAGAUGAAUAUGAAUCAGAUACUGAUAGCGAGAAGAUUGAUGAAUUAGCAGCAGAUAUUAAUUAUAAUAAUAAGAGACGUCACUCAAGAGCUGAACGUGAAGAAGCGAUGGAAUGUGAAGAUGAGGUAAGAAUGGAAGAUGAGGAUAACGAAGGUGAAGCUGGUGAUAAUAAAGAAGAAAAUAUUGUUAAUGAAACUGGAGCAUCCGAAAAUGAUGAAAUUUAAUUAUACAAGAAUAUCGAUUCUUUUAGUAUAAAAAAAUCGCGGUAUUUUUCAAUAGUAUAUAAAAUUCAAUACUAUUAAAUCUAUGUAACCUUUUUUUCUAUGUAGUAACCUUUUAUUAAAAUAUGGUUUAUUAUUUUUUGUUUUUUGAUAUUUUUGGUUUUUUUUCUAGAUUCAUUUUAAUAAACUUCUAUUAUAUUCAAUAGAA